AUGGACAUACUUUGGCUCCAAGCCACACUCCGGUACACGAAUACAGAAGAUGUCGCUGGUGUUGUUUCGCAACUGCUCGGACGAGCACGUAAAACUGUCAAAGGCGUCCUGGCCGAGUACCUCGCCACUCACAACCUUUCGGUCGUCCAACCCCCCUCCAACACCACUAAGCAUCACUCUCGUGUCCCUGACACCCAUGCUGUUCGCGCGCUUGUGCAACGGUUCAUCCGUGACCGAUGUGUCACCCGUACCCGCACCGUCGCCAAAGACGUCUUGUCGUACCUCGUUGAGAAUCAUGUCAUGGCUGUCGAUGACCGCAAGGUCAAGGAUUAUGCGGCCUGUCUGCGUGCCGUACAGGUAUUCUUAGCCAAUCAAGGCUAUGCAUGCGGCAAGCGCACGAGUACGACUGCCUAUCGAAUGUCCAAGGCACAUGAAGAAGCCAGGGAUGCAUACGUCGGGACCAUGGUACCUACUGUGACCAUGCCCCUCGUCGUCCGCCUGUACGCCCCGACCGACGACGUCACCACCAAGCCAAAACACAAGGGCCGCCGAUACUGCUUCAUUGCCGGUAUUCUUGAUGAAGGAUCGGAUGUGUCGCACCUCCUCGGGCUGGACAUCUUUGUUGGCGGGAAGAAGAACAGCAAGAAAGCUGCUGGAAGAAGUCGAGGAGUUGGGGUGGUCUUCGGCCGUGUUUGUCAUGGACAAUGCCAAGUACCACAAGGGGAAGCCAAAGUCAACUCCCAAGGGAACGUGGAGGAAGAGCGACCUGUAUAUCAAGCUUGCGUCGACAACACGCUGACAGACGUCGCCCCUACUGACCUAAAGCCCGCGAUUUGGAAGACGCUGAAGAAAAACCUGGACGAGCAUGUCCUACCUGUUGUUGUUGCCAUGGCACAGGCUCGGGGCCAUCAUGUUGUCUACGCUGCGCCUGGUUUCUCGGAGCUCCAGCCUAUCGAAAUGGUGUGGUCGAACGUCAAGGAAACACACCUGGAGCGACUGUGCCGCUUUAAAUACCCCCUUCCCGACAGCCCUGCUCCGAUGUGCUACGUCCAACGUAACAACAUCUUAACGCACUGGAACCGUCAUCAUGGUGUUGGCGAGGACGUAGACUCGGACUGGAACUUCCUCACUGAGGAGCAGUAUAUUGACUUUUGCGAAAAAGCCAAUGGCGAUUUGCGCACGAUUGUGAAAGGGCGUGUCCAAGAUAGUGAUGACGGCAACACUGAGAACCAAGGGAUUGAGGAAGACGAAACGGCCGACACUGCGCAACCAUCCCCUCCUCCGGCGCCGACCGCAGCGUCGAAGAAGCCUACCCGCAAGCGUCCUCGUCGCAAUUAG